AUGCUACCCAGAAGUCAUAAUAAUAACAAAGAUUUACAAGUAAUAAAAAAACUAUCCUUCAUUCAAGAACAUGAUGAUCCAUUUGAUUAUCAAGCAACUGUUGAUGCAUUAGUACAUCAAUUUCUUGAUGAUCAUGAAGAAACUAGAAUUGCAAGCUUUGAUUGGCUUUUAAUGCUACAUAAAAAAGCACCUAAAAAGGUUGUAAAACGUGACCUUCAACUUCUUGCUCAAUUAUCAUCCAGUUCUGAAGAUGAAUAUUUUACACGAUUUAUGAUUGAUUUAUUAAAAUUAUUCAGCACCGAUCGUAAAUUAUUAGAAAACAGAGGUAGUUUAAUUAUUCGUCAUUUGUGUUUAAGUCUUGACUCUGAAAGAAUUUAUAGAAGUUUUGCGGAAAUUUUGGAAAAGGAAGAGGAUAUAGAAUUCGCUUCUAGUAUGGUCCAAAAUCUUAAUAGUAUCCUUAUAACUUCACCUGAGCUUUCUGAUCUUCGGAAAAGACUUAAAAAUUUAGAAACAAAAGAUGGCCAACUAUUAUUCACUGCUUUAUACAAAUCGUGGUGUCAUAAUCCAGUUGCCACUUUUUCACUGUAUCUUGAUAUUACUGUUAAUUUACUUAUUCAAAUUGACAAACUAGUUCAACUAUUGGAAUCACCUGUAUUCACAUAUUUAAGGUUACAGCUUCUUGAACCUGAGAAAUAUCCAUAUCUUUUUAAAUGCUUAUAUGGCUUAUUGAUGCUUCUUCCACAGAGUGGAGCAUUUGCCAGUUUAAAAAACCGACUUACAAGCGUUAGUUCAAUGGGUUUUUUGCAUUUGAUACCAAAAAGUGCACCUACAAAUGAUACCAAACGUGUUACUACCACCAAGGGGUCAUCGUCAUCGUCAAAAGAUGAAGGAAUAAAAUUUCAAGAAUUAUUAAAUCAUUUUAGAGCAGUGCAAAAUAAACAUGAGAAAACAAGACAAAGUAAAUUCCUUUUACUGAGUAGUCAAUCAAGUCGAUCCCGUCGAUCUCGUGAUAAAUCAACUUAUUAUUCAACAUCAUCGUUGACAACAAAUCCUUUAAAGAAUACACCAAAUUCUAAUGGCAGGAAUACAACAACAACAUCAUCCACAUCUAAUAAUAAAACUACCGGAACAGCAUCGUCUCAUCAUAAUCAACCAAGAAGACGACUUAGUUCUUCUAGUGCAAAUAGUGAUCACGGUCAUUAUGGAAAUAACAUAAAUUCGUAUUCACAAAGCCCUCCAACAAGUAAUAGCGGUGGUAACAAUAGACGUGGAAAAAAAUAA